CCACGCUGCUCGUCUCUCUCUCAUCAGCUUCACUUCCACUUUCGAGCUCCUUCCUCCCGCUCCUCCUUUUCCAGCAUCUCCGCUCCGCUCUCCGGCGUCCGUCCUGUCCGUCUCCACCCUGCUCCUUUUCCAUCUUCUUCUCCUCUCCUCCUCUUCUCCUUUUUGUUGUUUGUGAGCCAUCAUCGCUGCGGCGCGGCGGCAUGGAAGCAGGAAGCCAGCGAGACCCGAGCCAUGCACGCCGCCCCGCGUCUCGACACCUCCUGUCCCGGAAUCCUUAAACGACCCCAGGCUGACCAUGGCAUUCGGCCCGGCCCGGGCUAGCAGCACUGACCAUGGGACUGCGGUCCAGGAGCGCCGCUAGCGGCCCGGACCAGCGCAAGACGGAACCCCCGGAGCAGUGCGGCGAGGGGGGUGACAGGGAUGAGGACUGCAAACGGGGGUCCCGGCAAGGCACGGCCUUCGGGUUGCUGGCCAAGACCCCUCUCAACUACAGCCGGCCCGCCAAGAGGAAUAACGCCCGGCGGAGAAGGAUUCAGAACCUGGUCUACGAUGCACUGGAGAGACCCCGAGGGUGGGCGCUGCUCUACCACGCCUUUGUGUUUCUGAUUGUCCUGGGAUGUUUAAUAUUGGCAGUGUUGACCACCUUCAAGGAGCACGAGAAGACGUCAGCUCAUUGGCUGGUGGUUUUGGAAACUUUUGCCAUUUUCAUCUUCGGGGCCGAGUUUGCCUUGCGCAUUUGGGCCGCGGGAUGCUGCUGUCGAUACAAAGGAUGGCGAGGGAGGCUCAAGUUUGCUCGCAAACCGCUUUGCAUGCUGGACAUUUUUGUUCUGAUCGCGUCGGUGCCGGUGGUGGCGGUCCGCAACCAAGGCAAUGUGCUGGCCACGUCCCUGCGCAGCCUGCGCUUCCUGCAGAUUCUGCGCAUGUUGCGCAUGGACCGGCGAGGAGGAACCUGGAAGCUCCUGGGCUCCGCCAUCUACGCACACAGCAAGGAGCUGAUCACGGCCUGGUACAUAGGCUUCCUGUCGCUGAUCCUGGCGUCCUUCCUGGUCUACCUGGUGGAAAAGGACGACGUCACAGCAGACACGUCCGACCGGGACCACCUCGGCGCUCAGCCCAACGCUCAGGACUUUGACACUUACGCUGACGCGCUGUGGUGGGGGCUGAUCACGCUAACUACUAUCGGCUAUGGUGACAAGACGCCAAAGACGUGGGCGGGGAGACUUCUGGCCGGAACCUUUGCACUGAUUGGCGUCUCCUUCUUCGCUCUGCCCGCAGGUAUCCUGGGUUCGGGUCUGGCUCUGAAGGUUCAAGAGCAGCACCGCCAGAAACACUUUGAGAAGAGGCGCCAUCCGGCCGCCGGCCUUAUACAGUCGGCGUGGCGCUAUUAUUCCACCAAUCCAAUCAGGGAAGACCUCAUCGCCACGUGGAGGUUCUACGAAACCAUCAUCUCACUCCCGUGCUUCAGGAAGGACCAUCUGGAUGUUAUGGCCAGCAGCCAGAAGAUGACGCUGUUGGAGCGCGUGCGCCUUCCGAACGCGCGUCCGACGAUGGCGGCAGCGGUGGUGGCGGCCAGCAAGAAGAUGGCGGCCAACGCCGAAGUGACGGAGGACAGUCCGUCCAAGCCGGCCGGGUUCAGCAACCGCGAGCGCUUUCGCACCGCCUUCCGCAUGCGGGCGGCCACGUUGCGACAAAGCUCUGAAGACGGAGCGACUGUCCCCGAAGCGGUCCCCGAGGAACGCGGCUUCCCGGCCGACAUCCUUCUGGAGGAAACCAUCCCCACGCUGAAGCUGGCCAUCAGGGCCGUGAGGAUCAUGACCUUCCUGCUCAACAAGAAGCGCUUCAAGGAGACGCUGAGGCCUUACGAUGUCAAAGACGUGAUCGAGCAGUACUCUGCCGGACAUCUGGACAUGCUCUGCAGGAUUAAGUACCUCCAGACCAGGAUCGACAUGAUCUUGGCACCAGGAGCCCCCCUCACCCCUAAACAGAAGAAAGCUGUAAAGCCGCCCUUUAAUUGCCCCAGCGGCCAGUCGCCAAGGCUCGAGUCCUUCCUGUCCAAACCCCAGUCGGCGGCCGAAGCCGAGGACCAAAGCAUGAUGGGAAAAUUUGUGCGUGUGGAACGACAGGUGGAAGACAUGGAGAAGAAGUUGGACUUCCUUGUGGACAUGCACAUUCAGCACAGCGAGCACCUACAGGUAGAUUCGACGGGCACCGCCCACAUGACGUCGCAGCUCCGCCUCCUACCAGGAGGCGGUGUCGGAGACACCCGCAGGGUCUUCCUCAACUACGGCGAGGGCCAUCCGCCGACAUCGUACCGACCGCCCGCCGAGGGCCGACCGCACGUGGCGCGCCCCACCGUGCUGCCCAUCAGCUCCCUGCAGGACUUGUCCGGGGGGAGUGGCAGGACCGCGUGGGGGCGCGCGGGGGGCGACUCGCCGCUGUCGCUACUGUCGGUCAACCACGAGGAGCUGGAGCGCUCGCCCAGCGGUUUCAGCUUCUCCGGCGAAGGGGCGGCGGCGGCCGACGGGUGCUCGGCGGCCGCCCGGGACCCUGGCCGGACCCCGUCCGCGCCCGUCUACCUGGCGGAGGGCGAGACGGACACGGACACAGACCCCUUCACUCCCGGUGGCGGGCCGGCGCCCCCGCUAGCGGCGGGGCCUGCCUGGAGUACGCCGCCCUGAGCGGGGGGGCGCUCAUCUCCGGACCCUUCAUCCCAGCGGCGCCACCGAGAAGGAAGCUUUACGCCGCUGCAUGUGACGCAUGCUCACUAGAGUAAACGCCGGCCGGACGACACUCGCGCCUGCUAUGCCAUUUUGUUAAACCUUUGAAUCACGCAUCUCACGCGUGUACACCGCACGUACGGAACGGUGCAGCCGUCAAACACAUCGCGUUCAAAUGAAACGUUUCUAAAACGUCAAAUGAAACACCCGAAAUGUUACAUUUAUCACGUUGAAAUAAGAUAACUAUAUCACGCGCUAAAGUUAUUAUUAUUAAGGCUGGGCGAGUUAACUCAGAGUUAACUCAUUCGUUAACACGAAUAAUUCUUUAAACUACGCAUUAACUCAUUUUGAGUAAAUAUAGAUUCACAUUUCAAAUAAAAAGUGUGCUAAAUACUACAUUUAUUACUUACAGAAUACAGUUAAUCGCAAUAAUCUCACAGUUCAUCAUUUGUAUUAACACAUUGACGUAUAGUGGUCAUAAACUCAUUGAAAUUCACAGUAAAAGUUUCUGAGGUCAGAGUUAAUUCCUACAUAUGUACAUUUACUGUCAACCCUCCCAGUUCGAAUAGAUCGGGCAUCUAUCGCCAUUAGGCAGCCAAUAUAUUCAUAGAAUAAUAGGUGUGCUAAAUAGGACUUUUGAAUUCAUCAUAGGGCUGUCAAAUUUAUCGCGUUAACGGGCGGUAAUUAAUUUUUAAAAUUAAUCACGUUAAAUAUUUGACGCAAUUAACGCACAUGCCCCGCUCAAACAGAUUAAAAUGACAGCACAGUGCAAUGCCUACUUGUGUUUUUUUGGGGGGGAGUUUUGUCGCCCUCUGCUGGCACUUGGGUGCGACUGAUUUUAUGGGCUUAAGCACCCAUGAGCAUUGUGUAAGUAAUUAUUGACAACAACAAUGGCGGGCUACUAGUUUAUCUUUUGAUUGAAAAUUUUACAAAUUUUAUUGAAACGAAAACAUGAAGAGGUACUAACAUUUAUCUUUAGGAACUACAAGACUUUCUAUCCAUGGAUGGCUUUAACAGAAUGUUAAUGCCAUCUUGUUGAUUUAUUGUUAUAAUAAACAAAUACAGUACUUAUGUACCGUAUGUUGAAUGUAUAUAUCUAUCUUGUGUCUUAUCUUUCCAUUCCAACAAUAAUUUACAGAAAAAUAUGGCAUAUUUUAUAAAUGGUUUGAAUUGCGAUUAAUUGCGAUUAAUUACAAUUAAUUAAUUUUAAAACUGCAAUUAACGCGAUUAAAAAUGUUAAUCGUUUGACAGCCCUAAUCCCUUAUCUUACAUAAUGUAAAGAAUCACAAUUUUCAAUACAGAAAGCAAUUAAUCUCAAUUAUUUGAACUGUAUAUUGACUCAUUAUCUUGCAUUGACGGAGAUAGAUGCCCAAUCCAUUUGAACUGGAAGGGUUGGCAGUAAAUGAACAUACAUACAUAUAGCAGUAACUUUAAAAUAAAAGUGCGCUAAGCGUUAUUUUUUUCAUUCAUUAUCAUAAAGCUAUAGACAUAUCGCAGUUAAUCUCACACGAUUACAAGAAAAAAAAGUUAGCACGUAAAAUUGAUCACAUUAAUAAACUAAAACUUAACAUUAAAACCUGAAGUUACGUGAAAAUGGAAAAAAAAAAAAUCUCAUUCAAACGUCAAAUUUAACACAUAAAUUCCAUCUUGCCAAAUGUCCAAUUUAUCACAUUGAAAUAUGAAAUUGAUCACAUUAUAAAUGAGCACGUUAAAAAGUAAAACUGAGACAAAACACGCUAUAUAUUGCGUUAUAAACGUACACCGUGAAACAGUCGCUCAGUCAAGCGUAAAACUUUAUGGCACAAAAUAUUAAAUAUAUCUUUGAAAUAUAUCACAUUAUCAACUUUAAACAUGAAAAAGUUUAUGAAAUUAAAUUCAAGUUUUAACAACAAUUAUAUAAUAUUAUUAGGGCUGUCAAACGAUUAACAUUUUUAAUCGAGUUAAUUACAGCUUAAAAAUUAAUCGCAAUUAAACGCAAUCCAAACCAUCUAUAAAAUAUGCCAUAUUUUUCUGUAAAUUUUUGUUGGAAGGGAAAGAUAAGACAAGAAGGAUAUAUACAUUCAACAUACAGUACAUAAGUACUGUAUUUGUUUAUUAUAACAAUAAAUCAACAAGAUGGCAUUAACAUUAUUAACAUUCUGUAAAAGCGAUCCAUGGAUAGAAAGACUUGUAGCUCUUAAAAGAUAAAUGUUACUACAAGUUAUAGAAAUUUUAUAUUAAAACCCCUCUUAAUGUUUUCGUUUUAAUAAAAUUUGUAAGAUUUUCAAUCAAAAAAUAAACUAGUAGCCCGCCAUUGUUGAUGUCAAUAAUUACACAAUGCUCAUGGGUCGCACCCAAGUGCCAGCAGAGGGUGACAAAACUCCAAAAAACAGAAGUAACAAGUGGAGAUUACACUGCUGUCAUUUUAAUCUGUUUGAGCGGGGCAUGUGUGUUAAUUGCGUAAAAUAUUUUAACGUGAUUAAUUUUAAAAAAUUGAUUACCGCCCGUUAACGCGAUAAUUUUGACAGCCCUAUAUAUUAUAUAUACUCUAUAUUACAUAGACAGUAAUACAGGGGCGGUACUUAGGGAGGUCUGGGGGGUGCGCACGUGGGCCUCUAAGGGCCCCAGUUUGCGGGCGUAAAGUGGGUGUGGUUGGGCAAGGAGAGGGUCAACAGAAAGUUAAGAUAAUGCACUGGAUGUAAUAUAGUGUUUAAAGCAACACUUUGUAACUUUUCAGUUUUAGUCGAUUUUAGCGACGCCAGUGGACAAAAGUGGUAAUGUUUUGCCGUGAGAAAGACUGCGUUUCCUAUCAGGACCAGCGUACACCUACAUAGUGUCGUAAAAUCAUGACGGUCACCUGCAGAUGGAUUAAACAACAAUUCUGUUUCCAGUAGCUGUGUAAAGGAUUGAAAAGUAAUGAGGUAAUGAAUCAAGUUGCGGCUAAAGAAUAGCAUAUGAUGGUUAGCAACAGUGUCACUUAGGCUAUGUCUACACUAGGACGGAUAAAUUUCUCCAGGGUAUUUUGCCGACUAUUUUUAUACCUAUCCACACUUACUUUAAGGUGCGUUUAAGGUCCCCCUCCCACCCAUCCACUUCUGCAAGGUACGCAUUUGCGCAAACUACUCAUGCGUAAAAAGGAGCAGCCUCAUGUUAGGUCAUUGGCCGUGCAGUUUAGCUCUGAACCGGAAACUCAUUACUGAUUGGCGGCAAAUUUUGAAAUUACUACACCUUUUAGAGUGUCAUUAUUUUGUGAUCGCUGUUUUUUUUCGUAAACGCAAUUGAACGCAUCACACAGGAGCAAGAGGGAAGGGAGAGCACAUUUGGCUUUUACGAGCAGUCGCCAAGUUGUGAUUGAAAUAAGCGUGACAUCGUUACUUGGGAUGUUACAAUCGAUGCUCAGUUGCGCUCUCACGACAUGGAAAAUAACAACUAGAAGCAUAUGUUUUGGCGCUGCGUAUAUUUCCCGGAAGCCACAACCAGGAGUGCUUGUGCGUAACAGUGGCGAUCCUGGAAGUGACGACAGUUUUGACAGGCAGAAAUGUCACGAAAAAAACUGAUCGCGCGCUUCUUUGACUGGGGGUACCACCAGAGGCCUAGCAAGGGUCCCCGGGGGCCCCAGGCAACAAGCAACAUGGGGCUCUUCGAGCGUGUGCAAGUAAGGGGGACAGUUGGACUUGGAACAAUAGCAUAUUUAAUAAAAGUAUAACGCCUCGGUCUCAUAGAGCGCUUUUUAGGACACUCAAAGUGCCCGGCCAAUGUUUAUUCUGUAUAUCCUGAUAGCCGGCCUUUCUUUUUCCUCCUCAGACAAAACUUUUUUGUCUCUGUUGCUCUGCCAUCUCUGCAGAAUUCGCACAAAAGCGUUAGCGUCGACUUCCGUCUUUAUAGUGAAUGAGGGAAGUGAGGUAUGCCGUAAAGCAGUCUGCACAUUUGUAGUUUGUGUGGCAGGGUUCCUGCCGCCCUCCUUAAAGUUAGUGCCGGUGAAAGUGAUACAGACCCCCUCAAAAUAUAAAAAUGGUGUCAUUCAACUAGUUGUCAGUCGACAAAUCUUAUGAAAAUGUUUUAUAAAGGUUGAAAAGUUACCUCGUGUUGCUUUAAAUGUUAAAAUAUCUCUACCAGCCACUUAGCCGGUUCUUUGGAUGGGCGCAAAAACAAUUCCACUUUCCCCACCACCCACCCGUCACAUUUGUUCCGCCACUGAUAUGAUAUAUAAUAUCAUAAAACAACACAAAAGUAUAAUAAUUAAUGUUCCCAUUUAUGAAGUAAUGCACUGAAACGUAAAGCGAUCACGUAAAACGUCAGCUCCUAUUCAGACAUUUCCGGCAACGUGACAAAUCUUUCCGGAAGCACCGCGUGUUCACCACCAGGCGCACGUCCGCGACAUGCAUGUACACGACACAUUUUGUCCAUUUAUAUUUUGCAUGAAUGCAUGCAAGGACGCCAUCUAGUGGCCAUACUCAACCAAACGGUUUUGCCGUGUGUCCGUCACGCUAACAAGUAGGCGGCGCUUCAUCGUCACAUGACUCUCGCAGUGUGACGUCCAACGUGCCAAAUCGCCCGCGCUUUCUUUCUUUUGGAAUUUUAACAACGUAUCCGUGACGACAAGCCAUCUUCGACAAUUUUGGAAAAUCGGUGAAAUAAAUUCGAUAUUUUGUGGAGAUUUUCUAAUGUAUCCAAAGUUUUUUCUAGCAGACUUUUGAGCCUUUCUAGUCUGUCGUCUUGCUGUCACGUGACCCGCUGCGCGCUUUCUCAUUGGCUCCUAGCGGCGAGUUUGACGCGCCAAACGCGUCGAAGGGAAGUCAGAGGCGGGUCCUCGCUCGGUAGCCGAUCACUCGUAACGUUUCUUUUUUGACUGGUUCGCUGACAUUGACGGCUAUAGAAGUCCAAUUUGAAGCGGGAGGGCUAGCAGCGAUUGGACAUCUAUGCCAGUCAAUGGCAGCCAAUGGGUGAAGCCUACAGAGUCUUCCUAUAUUUAUGAAUGACUCUCAUGUACGCAAUUACAAUUACUCUUUUUCUACUUGAGUAUAGAAACAAGCUUUCCACAUAUUAAGACAUGCUGCCAUUGACAGCACUAGACGUCCAAUCCGUUUGAAAUGGAUCUCCUUUCAGUCCAGUUCAAGCGGAUUGGACGUCGACUAGAGUUAAACUACGACAGUCUACUACUGGUGAUACACUCAUUAAAAUUCACCGCUAAAGUUUCUAAGGUGAGAGUUUAUUCAACCGCUGCCAGCCACCCACUUUGAAUGGAUUGGACGGCUACUAGUGAUAAACUCAUUGAAACUCACAGUGAACGUUUCUGCGGUGAGAGUUUAUUCCUACACAAUCAUUCCCAGUUCAAAUAGAUUGGUCGUCCGUCGCCGUUAAUGGUAGCCAAUGAAUUAACAUAAAUGAUCUUAGUUGUUGUAUAGAGUUCAUUUUGCUUACACUUAUAUAUUCGUCAAAGCCUUUCAAAUCCUACUUUUCAAUUUAUUACCACACAGAAUUUGAUUAAUCAGUUAUUCCCACGUGAUUAAUCGUGAUUAAAAUGAAUCAACAUUGCAUGAAUGUAACGCAAAAUAUAAAGCCGUUUGACAUGUCAUUAUCACCUUAAACCUGUUGUUGCAAUGUACAUUUUACCCAGCAGAUGACGCCCAAUUUGCACUAAAUUUCAUGCCAUUGCAGUACCACCAAUAGGCCUCAAGAUGUCACUAUCGCCACUCAAUAGAUAGCCAAUGGUAGUCCCCGGGUUGGAGUCUCGUCUGCCAUUUUGUCACCAGUUGUUAUUUUUGUUUUUUUUAAGUUGCAUAAACAGUACCUUAUUCUACCACACAGCAUCUUAUUUUUUAAUUUACUUUAGUAAUAUGACGUGUUCUGUCCUCACUAAACGUGAAGUUAUUCAACUUGACAGACAGCAAACAAGGCAAUUGUGCUUUUUGAAGCUUUUGACAAUUUGUAAAGCUGUAACACACAUAUGUGUGUACACGUCUGUUCAAAACGACACACAUUUUAACAAAAAAAAAACACGACACAAAACUGGUGUUCAAACGUCCAUCUAGUCUGAUCAAUAUGUAAAUUUAGUAGCCUAAUUUGCCUAACAAAAGUCUGCUAGCUUAAACGCUACCAAUGCUAACGUAUUUCCAAUUCUCAUAGCAAAUGGCUCACACGUAAUUCCACAAACUGUAGCUGCAAACUUAAUUACAAAUGCAUACACAAACAUACAUUAGCUGAAACGACGUACAGCCUUAUGUGGGCCAAACCACAACGCACCCAUCCUUUAUCCGUGUCAGUCUGCUUCUCAGUCAUACAAGGCGACAGUCCAGCCAGGCCCAACGCUGCCACCAGAGGGCAGUAUAUCGCCAUCAUUAAACAAAAUAAAAUACUUUGGACUUUUUAAACAGUUAUUACGGGUACUUAAAUGGUUAAUUCCGAUUUACGUGCAAAUUAGGUUUACGUCACCAGCAUUUGGACGGAACUCGUUCGUAACCCGGGGACUACCAGUACUGUAAUGCAUGCAAGACAAUUAAAAAUAGCGACACAUAUAGAGCACACGUAACAAAGCCUAUUUUCCACAAAGCGACCAAUCCAUUUGAACUGCUGGCAAGAAAACGAUCAGGUUUCAGCGCCAUUGAUGGCGCUAGACGUCUAAUCAGUUUCCACUAGGUUUGUUCCUUCGCCCCUCCUUCCCAGUCAAUGAAAUAUACCCUGGUCACAGUGAUGUCACUUAACUCCCGGGUUAGCGAUAGGAGUGUAUCUGCAGCAUUUCUUUAAUGGUGAUUAUGUGCACUGCUCCAUAAUCCAACAAAAGUCAUUUAAAUUCAAAAGAUGCACGUUAACAUUCAUACUUUUUUUUUUUUUUCUAGAGUUGUCUGAUAAUGACUUUUUGACCAAUAUCCCGAUGUUCUCAAAUCAAAAAAUCCAAUACAGAUAUCAAACCGAAACCAAAAUAUGCGGUCGUUGACUUAACAUAUUAUUGCUAAUUGAACUGUAAUGCCCCACUGGUUGCUUUAAUAAUGGUAAAUGUAACAACUUCAAGGUUUUCCAAACAAAAAAAAAAUGUGAAAAAAAGAGAUCAACAUAACCUGAAGUUAUUUUUAAAAAUGCCAAAAUAAUGUCCCAUAUAAAAAAAAUAGAAUUUGCUCAAAUGUCCAUCAUUAAAUAAAAGGAAUCAUUCACAAUUAAAAGACUUGUUACCCUAAAGCGCCACUAGGGGGCGACCAAAGUAUUACAAAUACAGACAGGCAAUCAUAGGACAUACCAAUGCAAUGCAAAUUCCCAAGAUUCAUUUUGCUGGGCUAUUGCAUAGAUUUUUGAAUUUCAUUACUUUCCUAGUUUUCUCAGUGACUUUCUUUCUGGUAAGGCUGUAUUUAUAUGAAAUGAGUUUAUCAUUCAUUAUUUUUCAUUUAUUGGUCAUUUUAUUUAUACAACAUGAGCAGUGUUGUUAAUUUUACUUUAAAAAAGUAAUUAAUUACAGUUACAAAUUACUUCUACCAAAAAGUAAUUGCGUUAGUAACUCAGUUACCUGAAUUUAAGAGUAAUUAGUUACUUGGCAAAGUAACUAGUGAUAAUUUUCAUGUUUUCAAAAAAGGUUUAAAGGGUUUUUGGGACAAUUGGCCCUAGCCCAAUUCUUUACUCUCCACUUAACUAGACACAAGGAUAUUGCGAUAACUAGAUAGUAACCUUUGCUAUGUGUGGAAGUCAUUUAAUGUUCUGAAAACACCGUUAAAGUUGUUAAAAUUGCGCCCGCUAUUGCAUUAGUUCCCUUCUGUCUACUUUCAACAUGUGUAAGUUUUAAAACUGUUUCAUCAUUUAAAGAUAGAUUUAAGUCAAGAUUUUGCCAAUUUAGGACCAUUUUAGAUCAUUUUUAUUUUUUUUUUAAAGUAGGUUCGCUAGGAAGGAUCUCUACAACAGAGCCUUUCUGAGAGGUCUACUGCUUUAAGAUGGCGGCUGUUUACUAACGCAUGUAGUCCUUAAAACAUGUUGCCAAUGCAGCCGUGUCUAUCAUUUGCAUCUAGUUCUAUAAUAUGCGAUAUCUACCGUAUCAUGUGGGCGUAGUUUGUAGGCUACAGUCAGGUAUUAUUGGAGCCACCUAGCAUCACGUUUGCAACGGCGUCUUCCCCACUCCUGCUCUGCUCUCUCAUCUCCGUGAGUCCAUCUCUCUGACUUUUUUUAUUCAACCAACGCAUAGUAACGCACGCCUUUCCCGCCUCAGUAACGGUAACGGCGUUGCCAAGAUGAGGAAAGUAAUUAAUUAGAUUACUCAAUACUGAAAAAAAUAACGCCGUUAGUAACGCCGUUAUAUUGUAACGCCGUUAUUAACAACACUGAACAUGAGUGAUUAGGCUCAUUCUCUCAGCUAACAAAUCCCAAGCAUCUUGAUUUAGAGACCUCUAAAGGUCACUCUAAGCAUAGCCGCUGCAGGCUUCUACAUUAAUUUAAAACCCAGCAUUCAUAAUAGCGCAAAUCCAAUCGAUAUUUUCCAAUAUUUAUCGGGUGGCCGAAAUUAUCGGACAACUCCAAUUCUAAAGGAAAUACAUAACGAAGUGAGGCUUUACACGCAGGUAGGUUGCUUAGCUUCCAUUCCCACAUAAUCUAGAAAUGUUCAUUAUUCGAAAUAUGUAUACAUUUAGCAAGACAACAUAUUGCCUUGUCGUCAAUAAUAUUAAUCUUCAUUAUACCUUUCAAAAUGGAAUGUUUUUUCCUUGUAGUCCAUAUAAACUCAAUGGAGCUUUACAGAGGGAUACACUCCUAUUGGCAAACCUGAAAGAGGGUAUGACGUCAUGUCAAUUACCCCCAAUAGUCCCCGCUGACACUUUCUGUCAUUUAUUUGGACAACAAAAUGGUCUUUUUUCACACAAAGCCAUAAACUAUUCAAGUGGUUCCGUCACGAUAGUUUUUACUUUUUUUUUUUGGACCUCUUGAUUGCUACCAAUGAUUUGUGCCUUGGCCUUUUACACGCUCAUUUUCAUCUUUGUUGUCAGCCGCCGAGUCGCGACGUCGCGAAACCAAACACGUAAGAACAUGUUAACUCACACGUAUGUAACCCGUAUAUAUCUUCAUAUCUACUCCGAUACUAUUUAAUACGAGGGAAUUUUGUGCCAAACAAGACGCCGACGCCUUUGCUAGCUAGCGUCGGCGUUAGCGAGCGCGCCAGCAACUCGGCGGCGCUUUUGGUUUCCACGUCCGCAAGUGACCUUCACGUGUCCUCGCUCAUGUUUGUCUUCUCAUGAUAUGCUAAUAUGCAAAUGAUCGUCAUUAUUGUUAUGAUUACAAUCACUUGUUUUUUUUAUGAACUCUUCUCAAGUGCGACACUUAAUAAUAAUAAAACACAAGUGACAGAAAGCAAGUGUCUUCUUUAAGUAUGCACGCACACUUUCACUGACACAGAACUUUUUUUUUUUUUUACUCAAACUACUGCAGCUUUAACCCAUUAAUGGCUGAAUUUACGUUGAACAAAUAUACAUAAAGCACGAGGGGAGUACAUAAAUACAUAAAAGU